AUGCGCGCUGUCCACGCUGGGGAGAUGGAUGGCCGCGGCGUUUGGGGCCGGCUUUGGGGUGGCUGGCGGCGGGGGCUGAGGGUCUGCGCAGCGGCCAAGGACGCAGGCUUUGUCACCAGGGCCCGGCAUCAGCUGCAACCUAGAGGCUCCAGCAAACGGCUGGGGCCCCUCGGGGACCAGCCCUUCCUGCGGCUGCUGCAGCCAAAGAACCUCAGUCGGGAGGAGUUGGUUGAGGUGCUGAGGGCAGCCGUGGUGGACCAGAAAGGACCUCUAGUGACGCUGAAUAAGCCACAGGGUCUGCCAGUGACAGGAAAACCAGAGGAGCUAACAUUGCUCUCAGUGCUGCCAGAGCUGAGCCAGUCCCUGGGGCUUGGGAAGCAGGAGCUCCAGGUUGUCCGAGCACCUGGGAAGGAGACCUCUGGGCUUGUACUCCUUUCCAGUUGUCCCCAGACAGCAAGUCGCCUCCAGAAGUUCUUCACCCACUCACGGAGAGCCCAGAGACCCACAGCCACCUACUGUGCUGUCACCGAUGGGAUCCCAGCUGUUUCUGAGGGGAAGAUCCAAGCAGCUUUGAAACUGGAACACGCUGAUGCAGUCAAUCUUGUAGUUCCAGUGAAGGACCCCUCCCGAAAGGACAUCCUAGAAGGUGUCAAGAAGACCCUCAGCCACUUCCGUGUGGUGGCCACGGGCUCUGGCUGUGCCCUGGUCCAGCUGCAGCCAGUGACAGUGUUCCCCAGUCAACUGCAAGUGCACAUGGUGCUACAGCUCUGUCCUGUGCUCGGGGACCACACGUACGCUGCUCGCGUGGGCACUGUCCUGGGCCAGCGCUUUCUGCUGCCAGCUGAGAGCACCAAACCCCAAAAACAGGUCCUGGCUGAAGCUCUCCUCAGACGCCUCCACCUCACCCCCUCCCAGGCUGCCCAGCUGCCCUUGCACCUCCACCUGCAUCGUCUGCUCCUCCCAGGCACCAGGCCCAGGGACACCCCUGUCGAGCUCCUGGCACCUCUGCCCCCUUAUUUCUCCAGGACCCUACAGUGCCUGGGGCUCCACCAACAAUAGUCCCCCUCUGUUCCGGACCCCCCACUGAAAGGCAAGGGGUGCUGCAGCCGGGCCCAAGGAGAAUGAGGUCAGUGCUCUACAUGCAAUAAGGCCGUGGUUUAAGGUCCUGGGCUCUGUGGCCAAACACACCUAAGAUCAACUCCUCUUUAGGCCACUUGCUUGCUGUAUGGCUUUGGGCAAGUGACUUCACCUCUCUGGAUGUGAGAUAAUAAAAGUUCCUACCUCAUGG